AUGUUUUCCCUUGUGAAUUUCCCCUAUGUUGUGCUGGAUCGAAUCAUUGGCUAUUUGGAUCGAGAUGAAGUGGCCACUUGUAGACAAGUCAAUCGUUUCCUCAGAAGAUUCAUCGAUGCAAAUCGUCACCAUUAUCCACUUCCACCAAUCACCAUUUCGAUUGAAAGCGAAAAGUUUUUUCGAACGAGCGUUGCAAUCACAAAAACGAUGGUUUGGACGGGAGCAAGGAGAAAUAUUGUACUUUCUGAAAGGCAAGGGAUGAGUAUGUUAGAGCAAAUGUGGCAGGCAAUGCUUGAAGCUGCUGAAUUGGAAGAAAGGGAAGAAAGGGAAGAAAUCGAAGAAGAAGAUGUUGAAGGAAAUGAAGAGAACAAUUCUGAAAAGGUAGAAGAUAAAGAAGACGGAAAAGACGAUGAUGAUGUAAUUGAGGAAUUUCUUUCUGAUGAUGAUUUUCGAACACGAAUCCACUCGGUCCCCUCAAUCAUCAAUACUACAGCCAAACUAUUUACGAGAAUCUUUGAGAAAUAUUACAUCAGUGUUCUCGAAAUUGAUGAAGUGGGAAGUGAUAUUUUGAAAGGGAUUGCGAGUUCAUCAAAGAAAUCACAACAAACCGUUGAGAGACUCGACUUGAAUCUACAAACCAAUCAAGUGUUUCUUCGACCGCACAAUCUCAAAAUUGGAAACAUUGAUGCUAAAGAUAUUUCAAAAGUUCUCACUUUGCCCACGGUCAGCGAUUGUUUUCGAUUAGAUUUUGAUAUGGACACUGACGAAGUGGCAACAGAUGCACCAGUUGAGGUAUUUCUUUCGUUGAGAUGCGAACGUCUUAAUCUUCCUAUCGGCACCACGCUUAACUCAGCCACGUUGAAUCUCAUUUUGAAGGAGUGGCACUGUGGAAAGAGAAACUUUGCAAGCGUUGAGGCUUGGGAGCUUUUCGGCGCAAUCGAUUUCGAUCCACUUGUCGUUUUUGAUGGCCUUAUGUGUCAAAAGUUUACUGCAAGAAGUCCUAGAGCCUCUCUACCGCCAGCUACAUAUUAUCGGAUAUCGAGAAGUCACGAGAGUUUGACGGUUUUCACGAAAGGGACAGCUCUUCUCAUCAAUCAUCCUGUCGAUUAUAUGUUGUCAAUUGGAAGUGUCUUUCGU